UUUGACAAGCUAAAUCUCUCUUUUCGCUGCUGUCAGUUAGUUUAGCAUAAAUGCCAACAUGAGUUUUUUAAGUUCCAUGCAGCAGUAUGUUACAAGUGGCAUUAGCAGUUUGGGUCUAGGCAAUCGACGAUUUUCUCUAUCCCGCCAAGAAUCCAGUGAACAUCAAACGCAAUCUUCGUCUGCCAGUGGACCACCUAGUGGUGGUGGUGUUCAAUUAUCGGGUUCAAUUACCCCAUGUCCCACACCAAACAUCCAGAGUAAUGUUCAGGGUGCGGGUAAUAUAUUCAAUGUUGUGGCCGGUACAGUUGGCAGUGUACCAGGUCAGCCAAAUGCUGGAAAUUAUCCUACUGGCGGUGUCGUUAUAGGCAAUCCAAAUGCUACAAAUCCUCUAUUAGGCUAUCCAAAAGUUGUACCCACACCCGGUGUUGCACCUCCCCCAACCAGUACACCAUCACAAACUGGACCCAACUCAGCCACAAGCACUCCAUUGGGUUCGCGACGACAAUCGCGUGCUCUUGAAUGUUUGGCACCACCACGUACGGGUUCAUUUCGUCAGCGUAAUUCACCGCUACAUCAGGCGGAGACAACACAACGCACAUCGUUGGCGUUUUGUAAAAGACGUCUGUCAUGGCCGGAGGUAGAUCCACGCUCAAAUUCGGGAGUACAAGAAACAGAUGGUUCGUUCUUUGAAAAUUUCACCUCAUUGGGAUGGAAACGGGAGAAUCGUCGUAUGUCGGCAACGCGUGCCGCUGAAGCACGUGCCGAAGCUCACCAUGAAAAUGAACGGGAACCACCCAAUAUCGCUGAAGAUUCUAUAGACAAACAAGAGGAAAAUGAGAAAUUAUAUAUGGAUGUAUUGCAAACAAUUGCCAAUACAGUGGGUGCACCAGCACCAGGAGGACAGUAUGCCCAUUAUAAAGAGGAAAUGUAUUUGCAUGCUCAGCGUGCAUUUGGCAUCAGUCCAGAUCGUCAUUAUCGCCUGUUGCAUGCAACAGCCGAAGACAAACCCAAAGUUAUUGUCCUGUCAGUGGUUGUGCUCGAAGCUGAAGGUCUAGAAGCCAAAGAUGCAAAUGGAUUUUCCGAUCCCUAUUGCAUGCUGGGCAUACAGCCAGAUGGUGGACCACCCGUAUCACCAUUGCCACUGCCACCGACACCACGCGCUCUUUCAGCCGAUAUGAGUGCGUUCGACAACAAUGCUACCGAUUCACCGCCACAUCGCAAGCACAGUUUUCGUUUGAGUUUUAAGCGUCGCGAGGGCAGCAGUCGCCGUGAACAACGCGAUUCAUUAGGUGGUCCGGUGCCAGCUAAAUUCAUUUGCGCCACAUCAAUUAAACCGCACACUUUGAGUCCCAAAUGGAAUGAAAAAUUCAAAUUUGACAUUGAUGACAUCAACACUGACACAUUUCACUUGGACAUCUGGGACCAUGAUGAUGAAAGUUGUGUACUCGAUGCUGUGUCACGUUUGAAUGAGGUGCGCGGUGUACGCGGUUUGGGACGAUUUUUUAAACAGGUCUGCCAAUCGGCACGACAAGGUUCACAGGAUGAUUUUCUUGGUUGCGUUAAUAUACCAAUUGCCGAUGUGCCCAGCACCGGCAUGGAGGGUUGGUUUAAAUUGGAGGCACGUAGCCAACGUAGUACGGUGCAGGGACGUAUACGUUUGAAAUUGUGGCUGUCGACGCGUGAUGGUCAGGCUGGUGAUGGUUCCUCAGCGUCCGAUAUUGAUAAUAGUCUGGAGGUGAGAAAUAUUGAGCAAUUGCAAAUGGUUUUCAUGAAACAUGAGCUGGCCACACAAGAGCCAUCGUGGACAUGGAAUGGUGAAUUGCCGGGACCAGCACUAACCGUGUUGCAUCAGAUGGCGGUGCAGGCCGAUUUGGCGGAGCUACAUUGUGCGGUGGCGAGAUUCGUUGCAGCCGCCAAACUAAAUCGCAACAGCCCCUUAGAUCCCAAAUUUAUGCACCGACUGCUCACCGAAGUUGAAAAACAAUGGAAUGCUUCCAGCCAAGAGCAUCUCACACGUGAACUCGAACAAUGGCUGGCGGAAGCCAUGAACGGUUUCGUUGAACGUUCUCUACAUCAAAUACGACGACAUCGUGACAUUUUUCCAGCCCUUAAUCCACCAUCACUCAUACGCCUGGAGUUUCUGUUGCGUUGUCUGGGUCUGUUGGGUUCAAUGCGUGCAUUUCGUGUGGUGUGUCCCUUCAAUAAGGGGGUACGAGGCGAAGUAGUGAAUGCUUUGCGUAAAGGUUCAGUGACAUGGGGACAGAAUAUUUUGAAAGAAGCACAAAAUCUACCAAAUCCCCUGGCUCAUUAUGUGACAACAUUAACGGCUGAUAUACAAAUUGGACAAUCUUACUAUCAUUCGUUGUUUGACAACACAAAUGGUAUACAAUACUUUAGUAUAGUUUAUAAACAAUUCGAUGCCAUGAUUGGUGAUGAGGUCUAUCAUCGCAUGGAAUCGGGUCAAGUGCCCGGUGUACGUCUCAAUCUCUCACACUACACCGUACUGGAGGGUGAUACCGAUUCGUUGGAUAUCAAACCAUUUGAAUUGUUUUUGGCGCUACAAGAAUUUUGUCAAUUAAAAAGAUUCCUCUCCGCUCAGCCACAACCACCCGAAAAGCCGUUGGCUUUGGGACGCUGUCACGAAUGGUUUAUACCCGUCUUCGAGAGAUGGAUGAUGAUUAGCAAAGCGAAAGCGUUGCAGCGCAUAAGAGCCGCCAUCCGUUUGGAUGCCAUCUGUGAGGGAGAACGUGUGGUGCGUUAUAGUUCUUCGUCGGUGGAUACGGCCUCGACGUUGGUGAAUAUUAAGGAAUUUUGGAAAAUAAUUAGCUGGCCGGAUGAGGAUACGGCCGUGAUAUUGGAGUCACAACUAAUCGAUGUGGUGUGUGCGACGGCCAUGCAUUAUUGUGAUUUGAUACACACCGCUCUGGCGGACAGUGGCUAUUAUGAAAUACAGGGUCCAUUCCGUUGUUCCGAUGACAUGUGUGUCACCGUCAAUAACUUAGAGUAUGUUAGAUUUACUCUGGCGGACUUUCGUUCCGAUGACAAUCUUUUGGAAGAGGCUGCCGACAAUUUGUUAGAAACAAGUUUGGCUCAUAUGGAAAAUCGUUGUGAACGUAUUCUCUCCAAACUGGCACCUCUUAUGCAAACUGCUCUGCAAAAGGCCGUAUUUCAUUUAGCCUGGUCACCCGAUUCUCUACCAGCCAAUCAAGCCACUGUGCCCCUACUGGAAUAUCUCAACUCUCAUUUGGGCGCCUUAAAUAGUGCUCUCUUGCCUAAAAACUUUAAUCGAGCCUUGCGUUUUGUUUGGAAGACCGUUUUGGGCGAAAUGACCAGUCAAAUGGAGACGGGCGAUGAUGCCGAGAAACCCUCCAACUUUCACAAACGUUUGUAUGAAGCUCUUCAACUUUUGGUGGAUUUCUUUCAUGCCGAGGGCCAGGGUUUGUCUUUGGAAUGUUUGCAUUCGGAUGAUUUUUGGAUGGUGGAACAACGUUUGCAAUUCCAUAAAACCGAAACAACACGUCUAAUCGACAUGUUCUAUAUGAAUCGUUUGCGCGAACAACUAAUGGCCAAUUCGCCGGGUCCCUAUGGUUCGUUGACUGUAAGAGCCUAUUUCAAUCAUGACUCUUUGUGUGUGGAAGUGUUGCAUGGUCGAGAUAUUGUGCCCUUGGAUCCUAAUGGUUUCAGUGAUCCAUUUGUUAUAGUUGAAUUGCUGCCGAGACGGGUUUUCAAUCAUUGUUUGGAACAGCAAACUAAUGUGCAUAAGAAAACCCUUAAUCCAAUAUUUGAUGAAUGUUUCGAGUUCUCUGUGACAUUGGAGCAGUGUCUAUGUGAAGGUGCUAUGGUCUGUUUUACCGUCAUGGAUCAUGAUGUUAUAACAGCCAAUGAUUUUGGUGGCGAAGCCUUUUUGGCUUUGGGCAGUAUUCCUGGUGUGGCAGAUUAUAACUCCAGUGUUGAGAAUUUCCAUGGUCUGAAACAAAUUGAAUUGCCUUUGAUGCAACAACUGGAGAAAACCAAUCCCAUUCUACAAAUUCUGGAAUUGCGUGUUAAUGACAAACUAGCGCAGGAUUUCGUAAGAAAACAAAAGGCCCGAAUAAUCGAAUAAACAGCUAACAGUAAUAAAUAACAUUUCAACAAGCAGAAUUUGAGCGAAAUUUGACAGUUUAUGAAACGAAGCUACAAUCAAAUUGUAUGUAUGAAAUUUAGAAAAUUUAUU